UACGGCCGAGGGAGGGAAGAUGGCGGCGCGGGCGGGUUUCCAGGCUGUAGCUCCGAGCGGUGGCGGCAGUGGAGCCGGCCCUGGGGCGGGUCCGCUAGGACAAGGGACGCCGGGGCCUCCCGUGCGGAUGGGCCCGGCUCCCGGACAAGGAAUGUACCGCUCCCCAUUGCCCGGCGCUGCAUACCCGCGCCCUGGAAUGUUGCCUGGUAGCCGCAUGACUCCUCAAGGACCUGCAAUGGGACCUCCAGGCUACGGUGGGAGCCCUUCUGUCCGACCUGGGAUGGCUCAGUCAGGAAUGGACCAGUCUCGCAAAAGGCCAGCUCCUCAGCAGAUUCAGCAGGUUCAGCAACAGUCUGUGCAAAACCGAAAUCACAAUGCCAAGAAAAAAAAGAUGGCAGACAAAAUUCUACCUCAGCGGAUCCGGGAAUUAGUACCCGAGUCUCAGGCAUACAUGGAUUUGUUGGCAUUUGAGAGGAAGCUGGACCAGACUAUUAUGCGGAAACGGUUGGAUAUUCAGGAGGCUUUGAAACGGCCAAUUAAGCAAAAAAGAAAACUGCGCAUUUUUAUCUCCAACACCUUUAAUCCAGCCAAGUCAGAUGCAGAAGAUGGAGAAGGCACCGUAGCCUCAUGGGAACUCCGAGUGGAAGGACGACUAUUGGAAGAUUCUGCUCUCUCUAAGUAUGAUGCUACCAAGCAGAAGAGAAAGUUCUCAUCCUUUUUUAAAUCUCUGGUGAUUGAGCUGGAUAAAGACCUCUAUGGCCCAGAUAAUCACUUGGUGGAGUGGCAUAGGACUGCUACAACCCAAGAGACUGAUGGGUUCCAGGUGAAAAGGCCUGGCGAUGUGAAUGUGCGCUGCACUGUUCUCCUGAUGUUGGACUACCAGCCUCCACAGUUCAAACUAGACCCACGUUUGGCUCGCCUCUUGGGAAUCCACACCCAGACCCGCCCAGUGAUCAUCCAAGCUCUGUGGCAAUACAUCAAGACUCACAAGCUGCAGGACCCCCAUGAGCGGGAAUAUGUCAUCUGUGAUAAGUACCUCCAGCAGAUAUUCGAGUCUCAGCGAAUGAAGUUCUCCGAGAUCCCACAGCGGCUUCAUGCAUUGCUUAUGCCUCCAGAGCCCAUUAUCAUUAACCAUGUCAUCAGUGUUGAUCCAAAUGAUCAGAAGAAAACUGCUUGCUAUGACAUUGAUGUAGAAGUAGAUGAUACUUUGAAAACCCAAAUGAAUUCUUUCCUGCUUUCUACUGCCAGCCAACAGGAGAUAGCUGCACUGGAUAACAAGAUCCAUGAGACCAUAGAAACCAUUAACCAGUUAAAGACCCAACGUGAAUUUAUGCUGAGCUUUGCCAGAGAUCCCCAGGGUUUCAUCAAUGACUGGCUGCAGUCCCAGUGUCGAGACCUGAAGGCUAUGACGGAUGUUGUUGGGAACCCAGAAGAAGAGCGCCGAGCUGAAUUUUACUUCCAGCCUUGGGCCCAAGAGGCUGUAUGCAGAUAUUUCUACUCUAAGGUUCAGCAGAGAAGGCAAGAACUUGAACAAGCUCUGGGAAUCCGCAAUACCUAAAUGGGCAGGCCUCCCAACAGGCAGCAUCUCUAAUGGCUAGAAACACUGCAGGGAUUCACUGCUGAGGCCUAUACAAUUCCUAUUCCAGCACAGAACCUUCCACUAAUUUCCAACCAACAUCUUUUCUUUCCACUGAUCCAAUGGACUCCUCAUUGGGGAUGAUGGUGUUGGUACCCAGGCCAAGGUCUUGCAUUUCAGCCUGGCUCUCCUUUCUUUUUGAGCCCCACACUCCCCAGGUCCAGCUCUGCCUGAAGUUCUUCCACACUUCCAUUCAGCUUCCAUUCAGAGCCUAGCAUGGCAGCCCAGGAACUCUUCCUCUCUCCCCCCCAGAACAGUCGUCUGGGCAGUUUCUGCGCACAGCAGGGCCCAGAUUCGAGGCAGGUUUCUUACACUUUCUGGCCUCCUGGGGACAGGCAGGUGGGAAGUCCAAUACAGGUCCGUCUGUUGGGAAGGAAUGGACUCUUCCCUACGCGUGGCCUUCAGGGAGCUGCAAUCCAGGGUCACAAUCUUUGUUUCAGUGCGGGUGCUUGAUUCUGGGUUUUUUUUUUUUUAAGGGGAGGAAAUUACUGGCAGAGGUGCCAGGUAGUCAUAGGCCACCUUCUUGGUCACAGUGCAUAUCCCAAGUUACUGCCUUCUGGGGAAGAAAGCCUUUCCAAUCCAACUCCUUAUCUCUUCUUCUAUCCUCCCCU